UAUAACUCAUUUAUUCAGUUUCGAAUCCUUCAUAACAGGAUGUAAUUUUUCUCCAUUGAAUGACAGAGACAUAUUUAUUUCGAAUAUUUACAUUUUGAAACGAAACAUGAGCGACAACUUGCCACACCAGACAACAAAAUUGUUGUAUGCGUAUACGCCUUACGAUUUCGGGCCACUAAAUGUGAUAGAUACGAGGCAAAUCAAUAAUUUUGAAGGCGGAAAGUACUACUUGACAACCCCAAAGGAGCCUAUCGUCGUCUACCGAUUGUAUGGAGGCAAUGCACGAGAAGGGGGUCAAUACUGGACCGUUGAGCCACGUGACGGCAACUUAGGUUAUCGUAUGGACGCGGCCGUAAUGCCACAGUGGAAUUCAUUGGAGCAUGCAACUAAAAUGAUCAUUCCGCCUGGCGUGUUGUUAUUCGAAGGCCAGGUUGCUAGGCAGGUCACUAGGGAACGAUCCUUGCACGGCGGCGGUUGGCAAGUCUUUAUCCCAGGAAAUAUCAUCAACAACCUUGCCGAAAUCCAGCCAGGCAAGUUAAGCGGAAGAGCCAAUGAGCAAACCGUCAAAAGAUACUUGGACCGAAUUAACGAAGACCAAGACAAGCUUAUGAAGCGUUUUGAAAAGGAAUUCAACGAACGUUUGCAACAAAGAGCGACGAGCAAUGGAAGCGAAUUGCGACGAUUGCCAGGUCGAAUUCUGAAAUUCAUUCAAGGCAGCGACGGAGGCCAAACGGGAGAUAAAGUUGAAGCAGGAAAGUACCUAGUUCACAAGGAAAGUAUUCCUGUCAUGGGAGGCAAAAGGAAAAAUGUUUCGGUGUCUGUCCGAAUUGAAUUUGUUCGCUCCGAGAUGCGAACAUACCAGAGUGGGAAGACCAUCGUUAACGAGACGACUAACUACUACAACCGAAUUACAGAAAUAACAGAAACAUACUCAUAAGACUCAUUGACACUAAAAUAAUUUAUUCGAAACAUCGAACAACAUAAUUGUUUUAUGAAGACAGACUAUUAAAGUGUCGACUUGCUUAAAUGUUUUAUGAAGACUGUCAAAAUGUCGACUUUUUUGAUUAUUGAUUAAAUAGUAAUUGGUUU